GCCUCACAAAGCAGCAUCCAGCGCUCGCGACCUGGAAAGAAGCCACAUCCACAGGGUAGGUUGAUUAAGUUUGUUCACUGUGUCAUCGAUACCUUAACGUAUGCGUAGGUCUAUUCGAGUAAAACACACAUUUUAAAUGUCAAGAUCGCAACGAAUAUGUUUUAUAUAAAUUAACAUAAAGCAAAAAAUAGAAAAAUCUAUCAAGUCAACAACUUUUCCUAUGUUAGUCUCACGUCUAAUGCUCAAAUUUGUAAAUUGAUUUAAAAUUUAAGUACCGACAAAGAAACAUGAUUUUAUGAAACUUUAUCGUCAUAUAUGGAUAUAAUAUUUGAUGUAUAAUAUUAGUAGCCUAUAUGUUUUAAAUGCUGAUGGAAGAUUUGAGAACAAUGGAAACAAUUGAAUGGACCCAAAAGAGUGGAAUCGAAAGAAUUGCGCAAAGUGCAGUAUAAUUUAAAUGCAUUACUGUAGCUUAGAAAACGUUUGCACGACUGAUUUUUUAAUUAUAGAAAUAAGUAAGUUACUAUGGUGAUGCAUUAAUUCCAAUAUAUAUUAUUUAUCUCGUGCUGCGGCACAAUAACUACUGCAUGCAUGAACACAGAGAAAACACAGUGUUUGGAUACGUCUAAAUGAAACACGACCUACACGCAAAUUAUAGCCGCAGAACGUUUUCGCGUCAACAUGUUCCUUGCUUUCACAGGCUAAGCAUGGAGCUCAGUUUCCUCCCUUGCGCUUUCUGGGAUAAUGACAGCAAAUUUCAGCAACACCACCUGGCGGAUGUCCUGACGAGUGUCCAUGUGACGCGAGACCUUCCGCUCGGCGCGGCUUUCGGUCCCUGCGUCCUGCAGAACACCUUCUAUGACACCAUCGCUUUUAUUGCCUUGAAAUCCUGCGACAAAAGAAACAGAUCAUACGUUUUUCGGGUGGAUACGGAGACAAUGAACAAUUCACCUCUGGCGUUAUCCUGGUUACGAUUUGUGCAAGCCGCUUGCAACAAAGAUGAGCAAAACAUGGAAGCGUAUCUCAAAAACGGACAGUUGUAUUUCCGGUCCCUGCGGAGCAUUCGGAAAAACGAAGAACUACUGGUGUGGUAUGGCGAUGAACUCUCCCACUUGUUAGGAUUUACCGACCUAAAACCUACUAAUCCCAAUAACGGAUUCAAGUGCAUCAAUUGCAGCCAGACCUUCAAGAACGAGUAUCCCUAUCUUGCGCACUGUCGAUUCCUUUGUGCGCAAAUGAAAAACGAAUUUCCCCAUCAAAAAACUCUGGAAGUAAAGCAGCAGCUACAGCACCGCGUCACCGACUUCCAUAAUAUUGCCAGAGACCUGGAACACAAAAAAUCCAGCACCAAUGAAGACACCACCAACGUGGUGCAACUUCGAAAAAGGAAGUAUGAAGAAAGCGAGAGCCCUCGGGCGAAGAAAUCGGUCUUACUGGAAAAAAACAACAUUUCUAAUGCCAGUAACAUUACGAAUUUAACCAUGGAUAUUUCUGCUGUUCCAGAGUUCGCUGUUUCUCUUAUGAAGCUCAAUGCAGACCGAUGUCCAUUUAAAAAGGACCUGGCAGGAUACAAACAGAGUGCUUUCACCGAGGUUAAGAGGGUGAAGGAGAAGAUUAAGACGGAAAAGGCAACGGAUACAGUUAAUGAUAUGGUGCACAACAGAACUGGACAGAGCCGCGUCGGGAUAGAUUCGAGUUUACAGUCAUCGGGAAGCGCUUUUUCAUUCGUUUUGCCGAAGGGUAUCCGGGAGGCGCAGAAGAGCGCUUUCUGUAAACCUGACAAAAGGACAGUAAAGGACUCGGCAGCGCACCCGUCCCAUACACUAAGCGGUUCCUCAGAGCGGCCGGAGGACAUGUCAGAGACGAUUACCUCCAAGACUUUAUUGGGAUACAGCAGUCUGAUGGGUACCGCGUUGUUAAGCGGAGAGCCGGCUGGUGCGCAGUCGGUGUCCAGCAGUCAUUACGCAUACACACCAGAGUCAUGGCCCCGGCCCGCUGGAGUGCAUCUACAGACCGCGUCCCUUACACUGCUGCCGCCGACGCUCACCUCCUUCGGUGUUUCCGUGCAGAACUGGUGCGCCAAAUGCAACUUGUCUUUCCGAAUGACUUCAGACCUGGUGUUUCACAUGCGGUCCCACCACAAAAAGGACUUCGCCGCAGAGUCGCAGAUGAGGCGAAGGGAAGAGAAGCUGUCCUGCCCCAUAUGUCAUGAGUACUUCCGAGAACGCCAUCACCUGUCUCGUCAUAUGACAUCUCACAGUUAGGGCGCUAACGAGAAACGAGCGCUGCGCAUUUGCCCGAGAAUGUCUGUACAUACGACAUUUUUGCAUCUUUAGUUCAGUAUUCCCACAUGCAUUCUUCAUAAGUCA